AUGCAUCACCCGCACGAAUUGAAGCACAAUCUUCCCGCACUUCAAGAACUAUUCAUCUUCAACGAGUGGAUUUCAGUCACUGAAGAGUUCACCAACCUCCUAGCCCAAUUUCCCGACCUGCAAGUCCUGAAGAUUACCAUCCCAGCGAACGGCGCGCAACAGUUCCUGGAUUUCCUGCUCGCUAUGCAAGCCGGGUGUCCUGCACUGCAGAACCUUACUUGGCUUACGCGUCUCUCCAUCCAGCUAUGGUUUCAGCCAUGUAUGAUCAGUGAGCAAGACCGGAAGAUGCUAGGUAUUAAGGAAGACAGCUCAUCUGGUAUUGUUCACCAAUUAGUGCAGUUGUUGGAAGGCCGCUAUCACGCACCCUGUCAACAAGAUGAAGAGUGUCAUCGACCUGGUUCCCUAGAAUCGCUUUCACUAAGUCUCGCAUGUUACUGGACGCCCCUUUAUCAGGAGGUACGACGAAUAGAAACAAUGCUGAAGCCUUUUAAGGACAUGGGUCUCGAGCUCACUGUGGACGCGAGGGGCUUAACCACUUCCUUCAACCUGUGCUGGCCAUCAUCUGAAGAGGAUGACUAG